AUGAAAGCUGCAUGGAAAAUUAUUAAUGAAGAAUACCCUCACAUUACACCAAUUGGGUGUGCAGCUCAUGGCCUCAGCCUACUUCUUGGAGAUGUGAUGAAGUUACAAACAAUGCAAAUGUUAUUCAAGAAAGCCAAAAAGGUGGUGAAGUAUGUCAGAGUGCAGCAGAUUAUAUCAGCCACAUUUAGUCAGAAGCAAAUGGCCAGAAAAAAGAGCACCAGUCUUAAGCUUCCCAGCAAAACAAGAUGGGGUGCAGUUGUCAUAAUGUAUAAGAGUCUUCUUGAUGGCAAAGAAUCUUUACAAGAGCUGGCUAUAAUGGAAUUAGUUGAGAUAGAUGCUACUAUCAGAAACAUUCUACUUGACAAUGUGUUCUGGGCUUAUAUAGUGAGCAGCCUCAAAGUCCUUAACCCAAUUGCUUCAGCUAUAACCCAGAUUGAAGGCGAUUCAUCUCUACUGUCUGAUGUUCCACGACACUUCAAAAAUUUGAAAGAAAAACUAACCAUUGCUCUGCCACAAUCACCACUUCAGAAACAAGAAGAGAAUGAUACCUUAACAUUCAUUGAGAAUCGAGAAGAAUUUUGCUUGAAACCAAUUCAUGCUGCAGCAAAUAUGUUAGACCCCAAGUGCCAUGGAGAUGAUCUUGAUAACCAGCAAAUAAGCAGUGCAUAUGAAGUCAUAUCGGCUAUGGCACACCAUCUUGAACUUGAUGAAGGAAGAGUGCUAGCAUGUUUAGCAAAAUACCUUGCAAAGGAUGGCUUGUGGAAAGGGGAAGGGGUAUGGGCUUCAGCUCAGCAUAUUUCAGCAGCUACAUGGUGGAAGGGUUUAUGUGGCACAGAAAUUCUAUCUCCCAUUGCUUCAAUCAUUCUUCAAAUACCACCAACGUCGGCAAGUUGUGAACGAAACUUGUCGUUAUUUGGCAGCAUUCACACCAAGGUGCGCAAUAGGCUGACCAAUGCAAAGGUGGAAAAACUAGUAUCAAUCAGAUCAAACCUGAUACUUUUCGAGUCCACUGAGGAUACAUCAACGCAACUUGAAGUUGACUUUGAGAAUGAUGAAGUUGCAGCUAGUUCAUCUGAAUCUGAUGAUCUGGAUGAUAUGCAAAUUGAAUAA